AACUUAAACUGUAUUUUAAUCUCAAAAACAAGACCCGAACUCAGCAUCGUAAUGGGAUCGUACAGGACUUUAAGCUUGCCGCUUCUCAGCUUCAUAGGAUGGACUUUGAUCUCUGCAUUCAACCUGGACACGGAAAAUGUUAUUAAGAAAACGGGAGAACCCAAAAGCUUGUUCGGGUUUUCCCUCGACAUGCACCGACAACUUGUACCUGCAGAUAAACGAAUGUUGCUGGUUGGUGCCCCCAGAGCUGAAAAAUUGUCUAAACAGAAGUCAGAGAAAACAGGGGGCUUGUACAAAUGUGACAUCAAUUCUGCAAGCCCUUCAUGCGAGCGCGUAAUAUUUGACAAUGAGGAAAACGAGAAUAUUGAAAAUAAGACGAACCAAUGGAUGGGAGUUACUGUACGGAGCCAGGGACCUGGAGGAAAGAUAUUGGUCUGUGCACAUCGCUACCAGCGGCGCUUAUUUGUGAAUACAGCUCAAGAACUGCGUGACAUCACAGGUCGCUGCUAUGUACUAAGUCAAGACCUGACGAUUAAAGAAAAUUUAGAUGAAGAUGGAGGUGACUGGAUGUUCUGCAAUGGUAGAAACAGAGGACAUGAACGCUUUGGUGUGUGUCAGCAGGGUCUGUCUGCCACUUUCACACGGGACUAUCACUAUCUGGUGUUUGGAGCACCAGGAGCUUACAACUGGAAAGGAGUGGUACGGCUUGAGCAGAAGAACAGCUCUCUGUUCGAACAAGGAAUUUAUGAUGAUGGCCCAUACGAGGUUGGUGAUGAGAACCGACUCGACCCUGAGUUGGUGCCUGCUCCUGCCAGCAGCUAUUUAGGUUACUCGUUGGACUCUGGAAAAAUGUUGACUAAGAGGGGUCAGCUGACUAUAGUUGCUGGGGCUCCAAGAGCCAAUUUCAGUGGAGCAGUUGUACUACUGAAAAAGGAAGCAGAUAAAACAUCAAUGUUGUCAGCUGAGUACAUCCUAGAAGGCGAAGGUCUUGCCUCUUCAUUUGGCUAUGACCUCGCAGUGCUUGACAUCAAUGCAGACGGGUGGGAGGACAUUGUAGUCGGAGCACCUCAGUACUUCAUUAAAGAUGGCGAUAAGGGUGGGGCCAUCUAUGUAUACAUUAAUAAAGAAGGAGCUUGGGACAAAAUAAUACCCCAAAGAAUUGAAGGAGCCGCCAAUUCCAUGUUUGGUUUGGCUGUGGAAAACAUGGGUGAUGUAAAUCAGGAUGGCUAUCAAGAUGUUGCUGUUGGUGCUCCGUAUGACAACAAUGGAGCUGGAAAUGUAUUUAUCUACCACGGCUUACCUAAAGGACUAAAACAAGCCCAGGUUCUUGAAGGAAAAAAUCACAAUGUAAAACUCUUUGGCUACUCUCUUGCCGGCAACUUAGAUUUGGACAGAAACCAAUAUCCUGAUCUGGCUGUAGGAUCGCUCUCUGAUUCAGUAUUUGUGUACAGGGCAAGGUCAGUUAUCAGCAUGGAAAAGACUGUAACAACCACACCCAAAGAGCUGGACCUCACACAGAAAAACUGUGGAAACACUAUAUGUUUUGAAGUGAAGGCCUGCUUCAAAUUUUCAGUCAACCCAAAAAACUACAAUCCUACUAUAAAGGUUGCCUACACUAUGAGAGCUGAAUCUGAAAGACAGAAACUUAAACUUCCUUCAAGAGUCAUCUUCACCAACCGAUCACCCACAGACUCUGAGUUUGAAAGCAAAGGAACUGUAGAACUCAAGGGUCAGGGCACAGAAAACUGUGUUACAAGAAGCCUCAAACUGCAGGAAAACAUCGUUGAUAAGCUAAGAGGCAUCCCUAUUGAAGUGUCAGUGGAGAUUCUGAACCCAACAUCACGCCGAAAGAGACAGAGUGCUCUCCCCACCCUGCUUCCUAUACUGAACUCUAACCAAGAUAACACAACUGUUACCAAGGUUCAGUUUGUUAAGGAAGGAUGUGGUUCUAACCAUGAUUGUCAAAGUGACCUGCAAUUAAAAUAUAAAUUCUACAGCCCGGAACUAAACAAAGCUAUCUAUCAUCCAUUGCCUGAGGAAAAUGGAGUUCCUGUCAUUUCUCUAAGUGAUCAGAAAGAAAUUGCCCUGGAGAUCACAGUGACUAAUAAGGGUGAUGCCGCUUAUGAAGCACAGCUGACGGGCUCUUUCCCUAAAUCACUUUCUUAUUAUGAUGUUAACACUAAAUCCGCUGAUAAACCGAUCACCUGUCAUGCCAAUCAGAAUGGGUCACAAGCUGAUUGUGGGCUUGGAAAUCCUUUCAAAAGAGAUGCUGAGACAACUUUUUACAUCAUUCUGAGCAUGGGGGGAAUUUCUUUAGAUACAACAGAAAUCGAAAUUGACCUUGUUCUAAAAACGACAAGUAAUCAGAAGCAGGUGUCAUCGGUAAAAGCCAAAGCCAUAGUUAAGAUCCAACUUAUGUUGUCCCUCUCAGGGGUAGCUAAGCCAUCUCAGGUUUUCUUUUCUGGAGAAGUUAAAGGAGAAAGUGCCAUGAAGUUGGCAACUGAUGUUGGCAGUCCAGUCGACUUUGAAUUCAGGGUUACAAACUUGGGCAGACCUCUUAAAUCAUUUGGCACUGCAUCUAUGAUUAUUCAUUGGCCUAAGCAUAAUAUUCAAGAUAAGUAUCUACUUUACCUCAUGAAGAUGACAUCAACCGGCUUAGAGAGUGUCAGCUGCUCCAAUCAAAAUGAGGUCAACCCUCUUGGACUGAAGGAACCUUCUCGAGCUAAGCGUGAAAUUGCGGACGGGACUUCAGCAAAAGAAGGAACAGCUUCUGCUUUUACUGACAAGAGGAAAUUCACAGUUUUGUCCUGUGGUGAUGGGGCAAACUGUAUAUCAUUUAAAUGUCCUCUAAUGGGAAUGGACAGUAAUGCUGUUGUUAGCCUGAGAGCUUAUCUUUGGAACAGUACCUUCCUGGAGGACUAUUCAGAUCUGAACUACAUUGAUAUCAUUGUCAGGGCAUCACUGGAUUUUAAGUCUCCAGCUACAAAUGUACAGCUGAAGAAUGAAGCUACACAGAUCCGUGUUACUGUGUUUCCGGAACGUAAAUCAGCACAGUAUGGUGGUCUGCCCUGGUGGGUCAUACUGGUGGCCAUUUUAUUAGGACUCCUCUUACUGGGUCUUCUGGUCUUUCUGCUCUGGAAGUGUGGGUUUUUCGGCAAAAACAACAAAGACCCAGAUAAUGCACCCGAAAAAGAGAGACUGACUUCAGAUGCCUAGAGAGAGACCUCCCUACCUCUCUCUUAGGUGUGGAUUUUUCGAACGUGCCAAGUAUGAUGAUAGUGUAACCAAGUUAUAAUGCUGUGUGAAUAAAGAGAGAAGAAAGAGAUCAUAUGCCAGCGAAAGAGGACGGAUUCUCUAGAGAAGAAACAAUGGAUGACUUCAUGGAAUGAGAGCGAAAGCUACUCAUAGCUAAUGGCUACCUGAUAAGAUCCAUACUAGAGACACCUGACAUAAGUCCUUUAACUAUUACUUUUCACACACACACAUCCACACUUUAUGACCCACCCAAAGUGUGGAACAUGCAUCCACACUUUAUGACCCAUCAUAGGCACAAUAUGAAAAAAUGUUUGCAUUAAAAUAUCCAAAAACUACUAGGACAGUGUUAAUCUCACUUAGAUUAUCCCAAAUGUCAUCAAUUUACUUUUUUUAAGCAAGUAGGAGUUGCUUGUUUUUAGUGUUAUGUCUAGGAUAUGCUUAGUUUUGCUUUUGCUGCCAUAGAAACCAUAGGUGUGUGCGUCCGUGUGCCUGCGUGCGUCUGUUGAUGUAAUUCAAUUAUAGACACUGGUUUGACAUUAUUGACAUAAAUCUUAAAAUAAAAUGAACAUGCAUCCACAGAGGUAACAUGUUGAGUUUAUUUUAAGAAAACUUAUUUCAAUCAUGUGUCUAUUAUUGAAUUACAUAAAUCCAACAAUAUUUUUUUAAGUUAGCGCGCAGCUUUGUUGUGGUUUCUAUCAAGUCACAUGAUAUUAUAUUAAAAUGUUACCGUUAUAAAACUAUUUCAGUAUGUCAUGCAUAAACAUAAUUUGAAAGUUUUGUCAGAUCAAUUCCUAUAGACACUGAAGGUGAAGACUAAGACUCCCAUUGUUUUACGCUCUUUAGCAGCAUCAUCAAGCUGCACAUCUGUUGUUCUUUAGUGAUCUCUAGAACAACUAUUAAGAGAUUGUGUUAAAAAUCUUUCUUGAAAAUAACAAAUUUAUGAUGAUCAGACACAAUUAUUUUUCAUUUUAUGUCUGUUACAUACGACAGUGUAUGCAUUUAUUCAGGGUGCGAUUUGCUGGGGGGAUGCAGGGAUUAUCCCCCUCUGGUCUUUAUAUCAGUGCCUCCUGUUAAUUUGUUUGCAUUUCCGGUGGGGACAAAAUGUAUCCCCUAUAUAUUUAAUUAUCUUUAUUUUAGGCUGUUUAUAAGUAAAAACGCAAACAAGAGUCAAAUAAAAUGUCUCCUGUGACAAUAACAUUAGGUGAUAGCGUGAAUUCAAGCCCGGAUUUUCCAAAUAUUGCCAACCACUCAUAGUCUAUUUCAGCGCUAAAACAGCCAAAUAAUAAAUUAAACCGAUUCCAAGCAGCAUAUCAUAUUUUACAGGUCCGUCACAAAACAAAUCUAAGACAUAUUACCAUUGAGAUUGAGACAGCAGAAACUACCGUCAUUAGAAUCAAAGAGAAUUUGCAGGAUGACACAGGAAAGCAAAAGAGAGGUCAAAAGUCUGUCAUUAAACAGACUAUUUUCUUAGGUUAUAUAUGUCUAGUUAGAAAAGACAUCAGACUAUUUAUUGUUAUAUUGAGAGUACGUUGUGCAUUGCAUUUUUAUAUUAAAUAUUAUGAUUAUAAACAAGUGUUUUUGCAUGUCUGGUGCAAAGCAUAAAGAUGGAAUGCAUCUAGGCAUGUACAGUUCAGCUUCUUUGAUGGUUUUAUUAAGUUUCUGUAACAGAGGCCAGCUAGUCAGUAAAAGUAAACCUCACUCCCCAACCUCAAGAAGUGCUUUAGCAACAGAGAUUAGAGCUUAUGGCCUUUAGUCUACUUGUAAGAGCGUCCAACUCCAAUUUUUUCCCCACAAAUCGCACCCUGCACUUAUUGCACUGCACUUUAAAAUGCUUGAUUCUGAUUCAAGACAUUCCAAGGUUUGUUAUUCCAAGAUAACAACCACCUGAAACUAAUAACACACUGCUGCAAAUCAUUUUGACAGGUACAGUUUAAUAUUACACAAAAAUAAAUAUGUCUUUUAAUAACACAUUAUUUGGUAUCAUUUGUAAAUAUAAUGUCAUAUACUGUGUGUUCGUGACAUUUGAACGUCUUGUCUUAUCUAAAAACCGAAAGUAAACAGGUUUUCUUCGAGGAAGGUCUGCUUUUAUUAAAAAUGAGCAAAUAAAAUACUUCAAAUCAAUAUGUAAUGCUCCAUACCUGACUUAUUAGGUAAACAGCCGUGUAAUAAGCAGGAUAAUGUACAGGCAGCAGGUUGUUAUCAUGAAAAAAGCCCCUUUACACACUGAUUGUACUGCCUAUACAUUAUCCCUUACCAAAAGUAUUUAUUCUCAACCAAUUUUUCUGUUUUAAAAAAGACCAAAGAUUUGUAUUUUUUUAUUGUUUUAGUACAUUAGGCAUUUUGUGGGUCAAUGCAGUGUUCUUUAUUUCCAACUAAAAUUGUCAGAAUGAAAGUAUGAAAUGAAAUUGUCCGAAUGAAAGUGUUCAGGGUUUUGUUUUUAAUUCUUUCUAUUUUUUAAAUGAUUGCAGAUUUAUUUUCUGAUUUUGCUGUACUUAAAUUAGAAUUUAUGGAACAGGUUUUAGUAGGUAUUUUAAUAUAAUCAGAAGUUUAAUACAAUUUGGCUAGUAAAAACUGCAAAGUUCCGCUUUUAAGGGUUUGUUUCCCUGUUUUAGGCAAUUUGAAAGUAUCUGUAUAUAUGUGUUGUUUGUUUGUAUUGAGAAAAAUGCCUAGAGAAAAUUGUUAAAUAAUAAAACGUUUUAAUGCUG